AGCCAGCCUUCGGCUCGCUUUCAAGUCUCUUUCGUUAACUCUCGUUUUUUAUGUGUGUGUGUGUGAUAUUUUUUGGUGUUUUUUUUUUACGUUUCGUGGUAGACUGAACGAUAUUAAAAUUAAGUCAUUCAUUCGUUUGAACUUGUUUAGUUGACAUUUUGUUUAGUUCCAAGAAUUUUAAGCUGGUGACUUUGAGAGUGAAAAGAGGGAAGACAUUAACAGUUUUAGGGUUUUAAAAUAAUAAUUACGUUUUUGAUGUGAUGUGGAUAAUCGACAGCUUCAACGUGACAGAAUCUGCCGUCGUCGUGACGUGCGAUUCGACUCGCUGAAAUGGCUUCAUCACGAAUCGAAAACAACAAAAACAUUUCCUUACGGAUAGUCUCGUUCGCUAGAAAAUCGUCUGCUAGUGCCGGUUGACAAGCCAACAAUCGCAGCCGUUCAACUUUGUGGAGUAUCAAAAAAACUUCAAGAUAAACGUGACGGCGAAAAAAAUUGUGCAUCAAAAAAUGAAAGGCUGGUUCGAUGCGUUUCGUCACGACGGUGGACCGACGCUCUACGACCGCGCAAACCGAACGGCCGUGACUGGCGAUGUGUCCACCAUCACAUUCUGCGUCGUCUUCAUCACCGUCUUUGUGGCGUUCCUCAUCGUGCUGCCCGGCAUGCGAAAAGAACGCUUUACCACAUUCACGAGCGUCACCAUCAGCCUGUUUGUCGGUGCCGUCAUCCUCGUGAGCGGUAGCGGUUGCGGAUGGCACACAGCAGAAGAACAAAUAGUAAGCAGCUAUCGUGCCUUUUCGAGCGAAAAAAUUGUCGCCAGACUGGGCAUUCACAUCGGAUUCAAUCACGUCAAUGUCACCCUCCGCUCUUCGGGCGUGUUCAAUAUGAGCGACCGUAUCGAUUACAACGAACGAUUCGGCUGGAAAGGACCGGACGAUAUGGUCGAUGAAUACGAGGCUGCAUUACGAAAAGGUUUACCGUAUCCCAUAUUAACGGUGGCCGAAUACCUCAGCUUGAACGAGGAAGGUUUCGGAUGGGGAAGAACAUACCGCAAAGCUGGUUACUACAGCUGCCUCACCUUGUGGUCGGCAUUUGCUGCGUGGCUUUUGAUGAACAUCAUGUUGGUCACCGUACCUGUUUACGGAGGCUACAUGAUGCUCUGUACUGGCGGCCUGAUGUUGUUGACCAAUCUACUGUACUACAUGAACAUCCCGAGUCGACCGCUCGUCAUCCGCUUCGAAGACGCAAUCAUCAGUUUCAGUUUUGGCUGGAGCUUCUGGCUCGUCCUAGCCGCUGGAUUGAUUGUCUCGAUUUUCGGAUUGGUCAUCACCUUAGUGGAAAUAGCCUUCCCGCACAAAUUCUCGACCGUCAUCGAACUGGAUUACGACACCCCCUACGACCGUCACAUCAUCAUCGAGGAGAGUCACGACACCAAAGUAGGGAAAAGACGAUCGAGAUUUGAAGAGCCCAUCAGCAAUUUCGGAUCGAGAAUCUUCCGCCGCUUCUCCAAACGUCUCAACGGCGGACUGGACGGCCCCAACAACGACACUAAAUUCGGUUUAGAUAACCCGUCCAUGGAACUUGAUCCACCCAAAUCGCCGUGGAGGUACCCGCACCGAACGUUCAGCAAUGGACCGACGAGACCAACGUCGCGAUCCGAAUCUCGAAAAUCGACUAAAUCUGUCGGAUUCCGUGACGUCAACGUCUACGGAAAUACGCUACAUCCAUCGAGCGCUGCCUUAGGGCCGUCAUUAGACACGUCAGAAGUGGAAACGAUUCCAGAUGUUCACAUGACGCCCGAGCCACCCGUCAUCAAAACAUCUAUAGCAGAACCGGCCUGGGAAUCGGAUCCUUCAUCGUCCAGUGAAGAUGAAGGUGAAGAAAUCGAGCGUGUGCAGAACAUUCCCAUUACGACCAUCAAUUUCCGGACGACGGCGUCGAGGCAAAAUUCACACGAAUCGCGUUUCAGCCGCAACAGUUCGUUGCGGCAAUCGCAUAGAGACGCGCUGGAAGAUUGGGACGAACCAGAGCGGCCAGAGCGGACGAGUAUCGUCAGCAUUAUCAAAUCCGCUCUUCACAUGAGCCCAUCGCCGGCCAGCGGUUCAGCUCCGUCCACCUCGACGACAGGUGGUUCAGGUGCUUCGACACCAAUGAGGCGGAUAUCAAAUGAAGAAGCCGAUGCCAUCCAUCUGGAUAGGACGGGCAGCUAUAUGCAACGAUCUGCAUUAGCUACCGUUUCGGCGAGAAUCAGUGCAGCGGCUGAGGCCGAUCGUUCCAGACAUUCUAGCAACGAUGAUAUUCAUCGUGUAGAUUUGUGGUAAACGUACCCUCGAGGUUUCUGCAACCCAAACCCUCCCUGCCUUCCUAAUUGAAAAACAAAAAAUGAGAUAAAAACACACAAAAUGCCAAGCUUCAAGAUUUCCUAAAUCGACUGGCGUCGCGCGCGCGCAAUACGAACAUUUGACCGCGGUCGUUCAAAACCGGCAUCAAAGAACAAUCUAGAAAAAUUUUAGUAAUUUUAUUACAGUUGUCCACCAAAUGGACUUUCGUCGACCCGGAACACAAAACAAAAAAGAGAAUCCCGGCGAAAAUGUUUUUACGUGAAAUAGAAAACGAAAUGUCGGCCGCUGGUCUUGAUUGCUAGAGUGUUCGUGUGCUUUGUGUACAUUUCUUUGCAACUGCGAGUUUUUUUGUUUUUUUUGUUUUAUGAUUUUUUUUUUUUUGUACGUACUGUUUUUACUUAGAAUUAAAUGCACUUUGCGGCAACCUUGUUUUCCCCUCCCUUUUACGUAUGUUUGUAAUUAAUUAAAAGAAAGCUGUUUGAUUUGAGCCAAUCGGUAUUGGCUACUUUCCUUUCGAAAAUUCGGGAAUUUAAACUACAACAACAACAACAAAUAAAACGUGGUGGUUCUUCAUUGUUUCAUAAUUCUAUUCGGGUCUUUGUUCUAUGAAGUUUUGAUCGCUACUUAGUAUUCCUCUUGUAUUUUUCCCCCUUUUUCUCCAAAGUGUUGCGCUUUUAGUGGGACUUUUAACGAUUGAUGUGUAUAACAUAAUUAUUGAUUUUUUUUUUUUACUUGGAAUAAGGGCUAACCAGCCGUGUUUCGUCUGUUGUGAUUUUAUUUUCAAUAAAAGAUGGUGUUUUUUAAA